AUGCAGAGCAUAUUGACAAGUUUGGCAUUACUGUGCUUAGUGGCGCCCACUUUGGUCCUUUCCCUACCAAAAGGACAUCGCAUUGUCAAUGGCAAGAUAAUACACAUUGCCGAUGCCCCCUAUACAGUACAAAUUACCGAUGCCUUUGGCCUGUGGAUCUGCGGUGGUACUCUAGUUUCCGAUCAAUUUGUUGUCUCUGCCGCCCAUUGCUUCGAGAGCCGUCAUCCACGAGAAUUGCGGGUCAUCGCCGGCGCCAACAUCCGUGAACAUUAUGGCACUGAAGGUACCGAAUAUCGCGUCUCUAAACUUUGGAAUCAUCCUGAAUAUAUUUUCAAACAUGAUCCACGCAAGGUUAAUGAACAUAUGGAUGUGGCCGUAUUGAAGUUAGCACAACCGGUGACUUUUGGGGAGACCGUGAAGGCGGUGAGAAUGUGUAAGAAACCUUUACAAGCAGAAGAGCUGAUACGCAUUGUUGGUUGGGGUCGUAUGUCAUUCCGAGGUGAACAAUCGAAUGAGCUGCGUUCCAUUGAUGUACCGGUAUUCUCACAUGAGGAUUGUGUACAAAUGCAUGAGGACUCGGUGACGAAAAUUACCGACAGCAUGGUCUGCGCUGGAUUGCCUGGUGACAAAGAUGCCUGCCAAGGAGAUUCUGGUGGUCCUGCCAUACGUAAAGGGGAACUUUGUGGCAUUGUUUCAUGGGGUGUCGGAUGUGCUGAUAAGAAACAUCCGGGAAUUUAUACCAGUAUCCCUGUGGUUCGUGAUUUCAUUGAUCAGUGUAUGAGUCAGUAG